GUCUUGACCAUCACUCAACACUGCGAUAUCCCAACCUACCACUGAGGCUAAACGGAUGUUUCUCGACGGAUCCAAAACAUCGAGAGCACUUGCAGAUUCGCUACCAGCUUCAUCAAAACUGCCCAAACCCUCGCAUUCGCCUCUGCCCGUUGUCGAAUCGCUGAUUUCCAGGUUGUUUGCCAACAGCUGGAAAUACCCUCACCCAUGGCCUGGGCCUGCCAAUGAAGAAACUUUUCUCCAGAUUCCAUCUCUGUGCACGGUCGAACUGGCUGUGCUUGCGACUGACUGCCGCCCCCCGACCCGUCACGCCGGCCACUCACGCCCGCAGGUCUGGUUAUCAGAUGUCGGGAUGGAACAUGUAGUUGACUGAUGUCUGCCAGCGGUAUCUAGAAGACUGGGAGCCUUCGACUUGUUGACCAACAGGAUCACACGCCUUGUUAUUACACCACAACCAUUAUCUGGCACGACAGACACAGUUCUUUGGGGUACCAACAGUCAGUCGGUAUGUCGUCCGGUGUGGUGCGCCGCCUCGAGGCCACCUCACGGACACGCGGCCGGGUCUCGAUCUACGCACCAGGCAAAGACAGGAGAGAAAACCCCCAGAAAAAGUCAGAAACUUGAGAUCCGGAUCGCCGAUGCCAAAACCGCGCCCGUUGCUCGAUGUGGUCUUGCCAAACAUGCUCUGCCAUGAUCUCCACUGGGGAUCCUGGGCCAGGUUGCGAAUCGGUUUCCUCUCACGCUCACAGCGGCUACUGCAACUCUCAUUGUGAGUAGCCCACACCGGAUUUUUGGUGCAGAAUCGCAACUUGCUGUGCCAGGUUGCCUGUCAAACAAUCAUCGUGAGAUGGUCAGCCCUCGGUCCGUGAGCUGCUCCCGCACUGUUUGGCCUCGACAGCGGGUGCGCGAUGGGGUCUGACCAAGAUGUCACCCAAGACCACACCCUGCCAUUCGUUGUUUUCUCUUGAUUCUAUUUUCCUUUUUGCUUUCGACCCCCAACAACUCCAUUCUCUCGACCGACGGGAUAUCUCGACGUUGCCACCUCAACGCUCGCUCUCAGGGCAUGGUGCUGAGACAAGCCACCUCCUCGGCAUCUUCCCCAUGGCCCUGUCCAGCCUCAGCCUCCACAGGGCCGAGUCCCAGGCUGGAAUAGCCUUGCGUGCCCUGUCACCCCCUUUGUCUUGUCCAAGUGGAUAUCACCCCUCCAUCAUCUGUCUCCUCUAGGAACAGACUACGCUCAUUCUGUUGACCAACAUCCGGCUGCUCGUCUCAAUAUUCCUUUCCCGGCCUUCUUCUGCCGGCCGUUGUCUCCUGGCUUCAUAUCCUCGCUGCCCAGGCCCCAGUUCGCAUCUGGUGGCUUCGGUGUUUUGUCAAGGUUCCCCUUCUUUCCCAAUGGAGAAAGGAAUGUUCUGAACCCAAUCCCUGGUUCAACCCAUCCUUCCCUCAUCCUCACCCACGCCUCCUUAUGUUCCGUCAUCGAUGAACAGAUGUAACCCUGCCCGACCCCCCUUGUCCAUCGCUGCCCACCCUGCCCCUCAUGAUCCUUGCUCGUCGUCCUCUGGGGCAGGCCAAGCAGAUUCUCGCACACCACCUGUCCUCGACAUCCACAGACACAGGUCAGGUUUGUAUCAGGAAAAUCCGGCUUAGCUCCUACCGACGUUCCGAGCUUGACCGUGCUGAGCUAUAGGCCCCUCCCCCUCCACCGUCCCCUCGGGCAGGCCUUCUUGGUUCACGAGUACUUUUUUUUUUCUCUCAUAUACCCCCAGGGUCCUUCGACGCCCCCGCCAUCCGGCCUUCUUUUUCCCUCUUUCCGCGUCGUCCCACCCCCCAAAAGUGUUCACACUGGUUCCUUCUCUUCCCUCUUCUCAGUCGCUCCUUUAACGAUUAUUUUUCGCACCCCCUUAUAUCGGCCUCUGGUCUAUAAUACCAAGAGCUGGCUCUCUUUCCCGCCUCCGGACGGACGCCAGUGUGAACCGACGGUUUGACGAGUUGCCUCUCCACCCAACUCACCACGCUCCUUAACCAGCACCCGACACCGCGAUCAGUCACUCCUUGUCUCGUAUUACUUUUCAUCAUCUUGACACACACCCGGCCCCAACGCGAGGCUUUACAUUCUUUACCUGCUGUCUCCGAGAUCCAACUCGAAAGCAACCGUCCAGUCUAUUCACUCCUUCGUUACCGAUACAACCCCAAUCUGAAUAUCACUCUUGAUUCGACACACCAACACCGACGCCAACGGCCACGACAACUGCUACUUAUCCUACAUUCUCCAUUUGGUUGACCCGACUCUAUCUCAUGCUCUGGACCGGGCCCUUAAGCGUGUUAUAGUUCCUACUUCCGGUAAAUCUUAGAUUAACCAUACACUUUUCUAUUUUCCAAAUCAGAACCGUUUUGCUAUGGAUUCAUCCCAAUUACGGCAGCAAAUCCAAGUACCAGCGUUCAACUUCGAAAAUCCCGAGAACCAGUUUGGCAGAGAGAUCACAUCGCCCCAUCCUACACCUGUCGUCACCAUGAACGGUGGCACCGUGCCUCCAAAGACCGACGCGAUGACGGCACCGCAGGGAAUGUGGACAACACCGACAUCCCAGGGAAUGAGGCCCAGGCCUGCGACUAUUCACGAAGGCUUCUCGUACUGCGUGGCGGAGCCGUACGAGGGUCUGCCAUCUUGGGACUCGUCAUCUUUGCAAAUGCAGCAGACACCUAGCGAUGGCAUGUCGUCGAGACCUAUCUCUAUGCACCAGGACUUCUAUCCGGCGACUACAUUGGAGAGCAAUUCGUGGCCGCAAAAGCCUUGCGAUGACCAUUUCGAGAUUCAUGGGUUGGAGCCCGAGAUGAACAUUGGGCAGGCUUACACCACUGACGAGGCGAAUCCCAUUAUUGACCUCAGGUAUCCUGGUCAACAGGUGGAAGGCGACUCGAACAACUUUGAGCAUGGGUUGAACCCUCGCAGAAUGUCUGGGUCGUCUUUUACCGUGUCCACGUCGGGCGGCAUGUCAGAAAUGCCUCCCUACGAGGAUUUCUCCACGACCCUCUCCGAAGCGCCUUCCUUCUCGUCUGAGUACCCGCCGCCGUCCAACCGAAACUCGAUGAUUUCAUCUACGCAACUGUCUCCUGUCGCUUCCCCACGCAUGACACCUCAGAGCCGGUCAGAGUUGGUUAGAACUCAAAGCAGAGGGCGCGCAUCCCCUUCUCCACGACCUGGAGUUCGCGCGGCCCCUUACUCGGUGGAAAGCGCCAGGAACAAGAGGUGGUCGACUGGUUCAUACGGGACGGCGAAUCGGAGACCUUCCCCCUUUGUGUAUCACCCUCAUGACGUUUUCAACCAGCACAAUCGGAUGUCGUCUCGCCACUCGUCACCUACUAUCGGACACGGCCCCCUCCCCUUGAACUACGGCAACCUCCAGGCAGCGCAGCAGCACCCCUAUCUGAUGAGCAAUGCGCCGGCAUUCCAGAGAAACAGCAUGCUUCUGCCCACGCAACUUCCGUCUCAUGUCUUCCACCAUGACACGCAUCACCACCAUCCUCAUCAGUUUGAGAACGCGCCCCCCCUGCUCUCACAUGGACUUUUCCGCAUGCUUCAAAGCAAUGCCGACCCCCACUCUCUCCACAGCCACUACGCUGACCUUUCUGACCCCCCUGAUCUGUAUGCUUCUCUUCAGGAGGAGCAGAUUCCUCCACCGCCCGAAGAUAUGAACCCACCCGACCCAGACUUGAUCCCCCACGAGCAAGAGCUGAGGUUUGAGGGUGACUUGUACACCCCAAGAUGGGUUCGCGGACAUGGUAACAAGCGGGAAGGAUGGUGCGGCAUUUGUAAGCCUGGAAGGUGGCUUGUCCUGAAGAACUCUGCUUUCUGGUACGACAAGAGCUUUACUCAUGGCAUCAGUGCCGCAACGGGUAGCCCAUUCCAGGAGCCUCAAGACACGAGGCGCAUGGAUGGUAACCCUGAUGUCUGGGAAGGACUGUGCGGCAGCUGCAACGAAUGGAUUGCAUUGGUGAGCAGCAAGAAAAAGGGAACGACCUGGUUUAGACAUGCCUACAAGUGCCACACGCACCCAAAGAUCAAGGACGCACCCAAGCGCAGAAGGGAGAGCAGCAAUACCCGUGCUCUGGCGGCCACCAACAUGGCAAAGCCGGCAACCAAUCCGUUGACGCCCCAAAUGACACCACAGGUGUCGACGACAAACACUCCUGCUCCCGCUCCCCUUCAGUCGCAGCCUCAACACCAGACUCAACAGGCUCUGGAACAGGCUCUGGACCAGAGACAGACACCAACCCCAGUUCAAAGCCAACACCCGCCACAUGGUCCUUCUCCCCCGCCUCCUACGCAACACCAGCAGCAGCCUCAGGGGCAGCAGCCGCAUACUAUGCCGUCGCAGCAGCACCAACAAUACAAUCAGCAUCAGCAGAGCCAUCCUCCACCGCAGCCAGUCAUCCAGCUGCAGCCUCCGCCGGUCCGUCACUUCCACCGACACCUCCCACCUCACCUUCAGCUCCACCCGACGUCAGCUCCUCCGCAGCCUCCCAGAACAGCCAUCAUGAGCCCCAUCCCUCCCAUGGUUCCCAUGGACGGCUUUGCGAACAUGAUCUAGACGUCACUGGCCGCUAGGUUUCCUUACUCACUAUCGCUAUGAAUGCCGUUAUGACCCUCGAUACCAAAAUUUGAUCAGAUCAUUAUUUCAUUUCUUUGCCAGAUGAUGAUGAUGAAAUCAUUUCUUUUUUUGGGUACAAUUUCACUACUUGGAGCAAGGUUAUAGACAGGCAUGGAGCAUGGCAUGAUUUUUCUCUCUCUCUCUCUCAGGACGUAUGGUUGAAGUGGAUGCCGUUUUUUCUCUCUCUUUUCUUCCCUUUUAUAAAGGGUUUAAUUUCUUCUUGGAUCAACUACUGUCUACCAACCAACCACAAGAAAAUAUCCUUCCUGUCUUUUUCUCUCACAUCCCCUCCCCACUCUUGGACGACACGCAACUUCAAUUCUUUGCACAUUAUUCGUUUUUUCUCCUUAUUUUCUUUUUGGCUUUUUUGAUUUCCUGUCUCUCCUUGUUUCGUAUGGCUGGUACAUCCGUUUCUUGUUCUUUUUGGCUUUUUGAGCGUUUUGAUAUUUUAAUCAGGAUAGUUUUUUGUCUUCUUUCUUUUGCAGAAGGUAGUAUAUGAUGGUGGGCAUGGAGAAAGUGUCCUUUUGAAACGUAGUUUAGAUACCCCUUUUUUGGAUGGAUGGUGGAAAAGAGGAGGAUUAUCACAAUUGGGAUUUUGGUGUUGGAGGGGUGAUCGAUGAAAGGGGGGGGAAGAGGAGGAAUCGGGGAGGGGAAGUGGUUGUUGCAUAGCAAUUAAUCUUUUUUUUCUUG